AAGGGUGGGAGCGGUCAGGGCCCAUCUCUCGGGUGGAGUCUUCAGACAGCUGGUGCGGCGGUCCCUGGAACAUCCUGCUGACCUCAGUCAUGGCUUGUGGUCUGGUCGCCAGCAACCUGAAUCUCAAACCCGGGGAGUGCCUCAGAGUGCGGGGCGAGGUGGCCCCCGACGCCAAGAGCUUUGUACUGAAUCUGGGCAAAGACAGCAACAACCUGUGCCUGCACUUCAACCCCCGCUUCGAGGCGCAUGGGGACGCCAACACCAUCGUGUGCAACAGCAAAGACGGCGGGGCCUGGGGCGCCGAGCAGCGGGAGGCCGCCUUCCCCUUCCAGCCGGGAAGUGUUGUGGAGGUGUGCAUCACCUUUGACCAGGCCAACCUGACCAUCACACUGCCAGACGGAUACUCGUUUAAGUUCCCCAACCGCCUCAACCUGGAGGCCAUUAACUAUAUGGCAGCUGACGGUGACUUCAAGAUCAAGUGCGUGGCCUUUGAGUGAAGCCAGCCAGCCCAUGACCCCCAAUAAAGGCAGCUGCCUCUACUCCAACUCAAAAAAAAAAGAAAGAAAGAAAACAAGGCC